AUGCACGAGGAGCAGAACAAAGUGGCCCUUCGAAGCUUUGCGCUCUGCGCCUUCUAUCAGGCUGGUUGCUUCGAGAUGCUUCAGCCUCUGAUAAUGAUGACUUUGGAGAAGAUCGGCAGCAAAGAGGACAGGAAGAUGGGCCCACGAGGCUUUUACAAAGUGCAGAUUGCUAGCUCUCGUAGGUACCUGAAGAGCUGCUGUCUCGGCCUCGCGGAGUUAGCGCAGAACGUCGACGGGAUGCGCCCGACUAGCCAGAAAAGCUCGCCGCUGGACAAGCCCUCCGUGCCUUCGCCCCUCGGCGCCCGUCCGCUCGUCCAUCCGGUCCAGAUGCUCCGCUGUCUACUGCCACGCAGAGACGACGUCUUCCUGUCGCCACAAUUUUUCCAUGUCCGCACGUCAAGUGACAUUCCUGCCGACCUCACGUGCUCCUUGCUGCAGCAGCUCCACGACCUGGCGGCUGGCACGGCUCUGUCGGCAGUGUACUCCUCAGCUCUGCAGGCCUUGAGCUACUUCGAGAAGGUGACUUCUACACGAAGGUUUGCAAAUGCAUACCUGAGAGAUGAAGCGAUGCUCUCCAAGGACGGGGACCAAGAGAUGAGGGGUUUGAGUGGGCUGGUUGCCCUUUUUCUGCAUGAGUCGCCACCGUCACUGAGCAAAAGAAGGGUUGGGUGCAGUGCUCCUCGCAUGUAA